AUGGUCUCCCUUCAGCCAGAGACAAUGAACAUGGACGCAUUCCAGAUGAACGGCAGCUCCAUCCAAUACGAACCCUACGAAGCCGACAACAACCUCUCAGUCAUGCAGGCUCAAGGAGGCGGUGGACCAGGUAGCUUCCCAGAGUCGAUCGGUAGCGACGGUCAGGAAGACAGCUAUAACGGCAGCAGCAACGGCAAUGGAGAUUACAGCCCGACAGAGUCGACCAGCUCACAGAACGACGGCGACGACUACUCAGCUGCCACCAUCAACUUUGUCUACGCGAACGAGAAACGCUUCAGCGACUUUCACAGCGUCUUCCGGAGUGUACCUGAUGAGGAGAGGCUGAUUGAAGAUUACGGUUGUGCUCUCCAGAAAGAAAUCUUGGUCCAGGGUCGACUUUAUAUCAGCGAGAACCAUGUUUGCUUCAACGCCAACAUCUUUGGGUGGGUCACGAAUUUGGUCAUUGCGUUCUCCGAGAUCACGGCUAUCGAAAAACGACUCACGGCGUUUGUGAUCCCUAACGCCAUCAGCAUCGUAACAACAACCAAUACCAAGGGUCACUUUUUCGCCUCGUUCUUGUCUCGAGAUGCAGCACACGACCUUUUGAUGGCGGCAUGGAGAAAGUCGUUUCCUUGUGCAGCCAAUGUCUUAGCGGCCCGCAACAACGCCUACUUUCGACAGAACCAAUCAAACGCCACGUUAAAUGAUGACGACGACGCCGACUCGUUCAUUUCGGCCCGGCCAGCCUCCGACUCGCGGAGGAACCGACACAGGCGAUCCUCAUCGGCGUCUCAGAAUUGGACCGCCGACGAGGCCGACUGGGAUGAGACUGGCGAGGACAUGGACGGCAAGUCGUCGGUUGGAGUACGUCGAAGUGGGUCCAAGCGGGCUACUGUCAAGAAGAUCUUGAAAGGUGCAGCAACAGAGAGCACUCGUACAGGAAGAGGUCGGUCCCAGUCCGAGUUGCCUCCUCGACCAACCUCGUUUGAUUUCAAACAGCAGGCCAGUCCCAACAGUAAAUCGACCUUUGACUUGGAAGAUCAACCCCGAAGUGGACGUUCAGCAUCAGAGUCUGCGCCUACUAGCCUCCCCAUCAAGACUAACGGCCAUGCGGCGGCUAAUGGAAGUGCUCCAGAGGCGGCAGCAUUGUCAUCAGCAGGAGGAGGAGCACUGGCAGGCACAGGAGCCAACCAUGCACCCACAACGUGCAAGUGCUCCAAGGACGGCCGACACUACGCUAACUCGUUCAUGUCGGAAACAUACCCAGGAACGGUCGAGAGCAUGUGGAAACUCUUGUUCGAUUCCAACUUUAGCAAGAGUUUCCUGACCAACGAGGCCAUGAAGGGAGCAGACGUGCAGGAGGAGACCUGGAAGGGAGCUGGCGAUGGAACCAUGACCAAGGUGACCAAGUAUACAAAGUGGUUGGGCAUGCCAAUCGGACCCAAGACGACCAAGGCCAUCCUGACAGACGUAUGCGAGUACAAGGACUUUGACGACCAUGUCUCGACUGUCACAACAACCUCGACACCGGAUGUUCCCUCUGGAGGAAGCUUUACGACCAAGUGCCGAACCUGUAUUACCUGGGCUGGCCCAAACCAAGUGAUGGUAGUUAUUACCGGAGCCGUCGAGUUCACAAAGAGCAGUUGGAUCAAGGGUCAGAUCGAGAAGGGUGCCGCAGAGGGAAUGGGAACACAUUACAAGGAGCUGAACGCGAGCAUUCGGAAGCACAUUGCUGCCCAUCCAGAGGAAUUUGGCGGAGCCAGCACGAGAUCCGUCUCCGCACCACCUACGUCAGAUGCAAGCAGGAAAACUCCCAAUCCAACAAGCAGAUCGGUCACCCCAACACAAGAUCGCGCAAGGACCAAGCACCAGCAUGCACCUACGCAACCUUCGAUGGAGAACGGGAAGUCUGAAAAGGGUCCCCCCGUCACUGCACAACAGUCUGCAGGAAAGAGUGGUGCCGGUGGUGGAGCUGCUGGAUUGCUGUCUGGCAUUAUGGCUUCAUUCUCGACGGGUCCGGAUGGCGAGGGAGCAUCCCAUAUGGCCCUGAUGACGGUCAUGGUGAUCGUUAUGCUGGCCAACGUCUAUAUCUGGUUCCAGAUCUCGAGCGUAACCUCUCAGAUCGAGAAGAUUCAGGGCGACGUCUUUGCAGAGCAGAGGAGCGGCAGCAGUCGGUCACACAUGGCGGCACCACCCAAGGGCGGUGACUAUGGUGGGGUGGAUUACGAUAGCUUUGGCGACAGUGGAUACACACGAGACCAGGAGGAGGCGAUGUGGGCUUGGCUCACGGAACGGGAAGAGAGACACCGCCGGUAUCAGCGUGCAGCGGCUGGAAGAGAAUGGAGCCGGAUGCGGAAACAGGAGCGUAACGACAAGGACAACGACAGCGAUUUCAACGACCACAUAUCGCCAAAAUCAUCAUCAUCCUCAUCCACAUCAGCAUUGACGGAGGCGAAACUGCAGGCCAGGAUUAACGAACUUCAGCAACAACUUGAAGCCUUGGAGAAGGCCUUGGAACGUGGCAGCGCGUCCCAAGAACUGUAA